UUCUAUAAAUACCCAACAUGCCUAACUACCUUGAACACACACAGUUACCUAACUCUAGUGUCUCUUGUGCCACAAAUGCUUAAUGGCUUCAAGAUACCAAAGUUCACCAAUGGCUUCUAACUACAACAACAGCCAUAGAAAAAGCCUUGGCAAUGGCCCCAAAGUGUUUCCCCCAAGCCAAGUGGUAGUGGUGGUGGUUCCUUUUCCAGCACAAGGCCAUCUCAACCAGCUCCUCCACCUCUCUCGCCUCAUCUCAUCACACAACAUCCCUGUCCAUUUUGUUGGCACACCCACACACAACCAUCAAACCAUAGCUCGUGCCCAAGGCUUUGACCAAAACUCCAUCUCAAACAUCCAAAUUCAUGACUUCAAAGUCCCUCCUUUUGCCUCCCCUGCCCCCAACCCAAAUGCAGAAUCAAAAUUCCCUUCCCAUCUCCUCCCUUCCUUUGAAGCCUCCUCCAAUCUUCGCGAACCGGUGGCCGCGCUUCUCCGAUCCCUCUCAUCGGUUUCUCGAAGAGUUGUAGUCAUCCAUGACUCCCUCAUGGCAUCUGUGGUACAAGAUGUCACCCACAUAGCAAACUGUGAGAGCUACACUUUCCACAGUGUCUCUGCUUUCACCAUGUUCUUCUACAUUUGGGAUGCAAUGGGAAGACCCCAAAUACCAAAAACUCCCCUCAUGAUCCCAAAAGUCCCUUCUCUUGAAGGAUGCUUCACAACCCAAUUCCUAGAUUUCAUCACUUCACAAUAUGAAUUCCACAAAUUCAGCAAAGGGGCCAUCUACAACACAACAAGAGCAAUUGAAAAACCUUACAUGGAGCUAAUAGAAACCAUGAUCAAUCACAAGAACCACUGGGCUCUAGGGCCAUUCAACCCUUUGUGUGUUGACAAAGGACUAAUACCCAACAACAAAAAAGGUAGACACUCUUGCAUUGAUUGGCUUGACAAGCAAGAGAAAGAGUCAGUGAUCUAUGUCUCUUUUGGAACAACAACAGCUUUCACUGAGACACAAAUCAAACACCUGGCGUGCGGGUUGGAAAACAGCAAGCAAAAAUUCAUCUGGGUAUUGCGAGAUGCUGAUAGAGGCGAUUUCUUCAACAACAAUGGUGAUAGCAACACAAGAGUUGAGGUACUACCAAAAGGGUAUGAAGAGAGAAUCGAAGGGAUGGGUCUAAUCGUGAGAGAUUGGGCACCCCAAUUGGAGAUUCUGAACCACCCUUCAACAGGAGGGUUCAUGAGUCACUGUGGGUGGAACUCAUGCAUGGAGAGCAUCACAAUGGGGGUGCCAAUUGCAGCAUGGCCUAUGCAUUCGGAUCAACCGAGGAACAUGGUUUUGGUGUCGGAAGUGCUGAAGGUUGGUCUUGUUGUGAAGGAAUGGGAACAGAGGAAUGAGAUUGUGGCAGAUACGGCGGUGGAGAAUGCUGUGAGGAGGUUGAUGGCGACGGAGGAAGGUGGUGAAAUGAGACAAAGAGCGGUGAAUUUGAAACAUGCGAUUCGGAAAUCGAAGGUUGAAGGUGAAGGUGUUUCUCGUGUGGAGUUUGAAUCUUUCAUUGCGCAUGUUACCAGAUAUAGUUUGGUCCAAUCACAUGAGACAUGAGGCAUGUGACACAUGUUGGCAGUGUAAACUAGUUGAAUACUUGAAUAGGACAUUGAUGGUGGCAUUCAUACUAUGUGAAAGUGAAUGAAAAUACAUCAAGACUUUUAUUUUAGUCUAGAGAUUAAUGUAUGUAUGGAUAAGUUAAACUUUAAUAUAAAUUGUUUAAGCA